AUGGCGGCGGCCGCGGCGCUCCCGGCGCGGGCGGGCCUCCGCGGGCGGCGGGGCCGGGGCGGCGGGGCGCGGGCGGCGGGUCCCGCGGGCGGCUGGGCCGUGGCCCGCCUCGAGGGCCGCGAGUUCGAGUACCUGAUGAAGAAGCGCUCGGUGACCAUCGGGCGUAACUCGUCGCAGGGCUCGGUGGACGUGAGCAUGGGCCACUCGAGCUUCAUCUCGCGGCGCCACCUCGAGAUCUUCACGCCCCCGGGCGGCGGCCAUGGCGGGGCGGCCCCCGAGCCCUCGGCGCAGCCCGGGCCCGACGCCGGCGGCGACUUCUACCUGCGCUGCCUCGGCAAGAACGGCGUGUUCGUGGACGGCGUGUUCCAGAGGCGCGGGGCGCCGCCGCUGCAGCUGCCGCGCGUGUGCACGUUCAGGUUCCCGAGCACAAACAUCAAGAUAACGUUCACUGCCCUGUCCAGCGAGAAGAGGGAGAAGCAGGAGGCACCCGAGUCCCCGGUGAAGCCCGUGCAGGCUCACAUCUCGCCCCUGACCAUCAACAUUCCAGACACCAUGGCCCACCUCAUCAGCCCCCUCCCCUCCCCCACGGGAACCAUCAGUGCUGCAAACUCCUGCCCAUCCAGCCCCCGGGGAGCGGGGUCUUCGGGAUACAAAAUGGGCCGUGUGAUACCAUCUGACCUCAAUUUAAUGGCCGACAGCUCACAGCCAGAAAAUGAAAAGGAAGCUUCAGGUGGAGACAGCCCAAAGGAUGAUUCAAAGCCACCUUAUUCCUAUGCACAAUUAAUCGUACAAGCAAUUACGAUGGCUCCUGAUAAACAACUCACCCUAAAUGGAAUUUAUACGCACAUCACUAAAAAUUAUCCGUACUACAGGACUGCGGACAAGGGCUGGCAGAAUUCAAUUCGCCACAAUCUCUCUCUGAAUCGUUAUUUCAUCAAAGUACCACGUUCCCAGGAAGAACCAGGCAAAGGCUCAUUCUGGAGGAUAGAUCCUGCCUCUGAAAGCAAAUUAAUAGAGCAGGCUUUUAGGAAAAGACGGCCUAGGGGCGUGCCUUGCUUUAGAACCCCUCUGGGACCGCUCUCAUCUAGAAGUGCCCCAGCCUCUCCCAAUCACGCUGGAGUGCUGUCUGCUCACUCCAGUGGCGCCCAGACCCCUGAGAGCCUGUCGAGGGAAGGUUCACCGGCCCCCCUGGAGCCCGAGCCUGGCGCCUCACAGCCCAAACUGGCCGUCAUCCAGGAGGCUCGGUUUGCCCAGAGCGCACCAGGCUCACCUCUGUCUAGUCAGCCCGUUUUAAUCGCUGUGCAACGGCAGCUGCCUCCGACGAUCAAGCCCGUCACCUACGCUGUUGCCGCCCCUGUGACCACCUCGACCUCCCAGCAGCCCGUCGUGCAGACAGUUCACGUCGUCCACCAGAUCCCAGCAGUGUCUGUCACCAGCGUGGGCGGACUGGCCCCAGCAAACACAUACACUGUUGCCGGGCAGACCGUGGUCACUCAGGCAGCUGUGCUGGCCCCUCCUAAGGCAGAGCCGCAAGAGAAUGGAGAUCACAGAGAAGUAAAAGUGAAAGUAGAACCUAUUCCUGCGAUUAGCCAUGCCACGCUAGGUGCUGCUAGCCGGAUCAUUCAGACAUCACAGGCCACCCCUGUCCAGACGGUCACCAUAGUGCAGCAGGCACCUCUAGGUCAGCACCAGCUACCCAUAAAAACUGUCACGCAGAACGGGACUCAUGUGGUGCCCAUCCCCGCCGCCAUCCACGGCCAGGUGAACAGUGCAGCGGCAAGUCCCCUGCACAUGCUGGCGACACACGCGUCGGCGUCGGCCUCUCUGCCCACAAAGCGCCAGAAUGGUGACCAGUCAGAGCAGCCGGAGCUGAAGCGAGUCAAGACUGAGGAUGGCGAAAGCAUUGUCAUUGCCCUGAGUGUGGACACACCGCCGGCAGCCGUGAGGGAGAAGGGCAUCCAGAACUAGUGACCAGGAGAGCUUGUCUUACCUUAAUAUCAACUCUGUGGUGCCAAAAGGAGACACUGUCUCUCACCGAGGCUCAGAGCGCAUUCUCGGUGGGCAGAGGGCCCUGCGGUUGGACUUCACCUCAGCACUGAAAACACAAAACCCAGGCGGCCUUAAAACUCCUUAAUUUAAAGACAGAAAUCAGACCCAAACAGAACACACGCAACAAAACCUGGUUCUGGCAGUGUCUCCCCACCUGCGCUCAGCUUUUAACUCCGAGUAAAGACUCACGGUCCUUGAGUGAGGACGGCACCUGGUGCGAAGCGGAUCUGCCGGGAUGGGGCCCCCACGAGGGGAUGGGGCAGGAGCCCCCGCCGCCCUCAGAGGACCCGAGGGGCUGGCGCUGGUAGAUGAGACAGUAUUUUGUUGUUCACAUGUGGAAUUAGAAUAUUUUGAGGUGUACUUUCUUUCUUUACAAAAUAAUGGGGUCUUUGACAUUUCAGAUCACUCCAUUUCUACUCUGGAAAUUUUGGAAUCACACAGGACCGUUGGUGUGAUUUCAUUUGGGGAAAAGAAACAACGUAGUUUUGUUUGUUUUUGUUGUUUGUUUUCAGCCUAUGGAAUGAUUUACUUUUGUCUGUCCUGUUAAAGUUCAGAUGGAGCUACUUGGUGACAUGCGCAUUGUCCCUGUUAGAGCAGGUGCCAGAUGAAUUUAAUCCACCUCCAUUUCAGUGUGACGGACGGUGACAGACAGAUACCCGCGGGCUGCACAGAAGCACGAUGGAAAGGACUCCGGACUCCUGCUGGCCUCGCGGCUUGUGGAGCUGCACUUAACUGGUUCUCUUUCUUGCUCCUUUUUGUUGUUUGUUCUUUGUGUUGACUCUAAGUAAAGCAAGUCUCCCGACAGAACUACGACUCUUUCGUCUGGAAAAAGAUUCAGUCUUUUAUCACACACCCUUUCAAACCAAUGUCACAGGUCUCUGGGGCACGUCUGUUGUUUUAGGUGCCCUCACCAGCUCUCGGCAUCGCCCGACCAGCUGUCUACACUGCGUUUGCCCCACUGAUGGUGAGAGCAGCUGCUGGGGUGGAGCAGAAGCUGCGUGUUAACACAAGGGGCUCGGAAGCAAGUGCCCUCUGUUAAGCAUUGGAACCAUCUGGGUCGUUUUCUGAUUUGUAAUAGGAAAUUCCCUUCACCCUUUCAGAACUGAAUCCCAUACUAAGGCUGACUUCUCUCCUACAAAAAAUAAAAGCGAGAGGAAAGGAAACAAAGGUGAGACAAGGAGAAGCGGGAGGCCCACAGGCCUUAGCCCACGCUCCUCCAGAAGAAUACCACUCACCUUCCAGAGUGUUCCAGGGGUCAGGGCUGAGCAGCCGUGCAAACAGAAAGAGGGCUUUGGCCUUAUUGUGAAUUUUUAAAUGUCAUCAUCAUAACGUUAUUUAUUUAAAUGUAGUUAUUUUGGUAUUUAAUUUUUUUUAAAAGAGGGAAAAAACCCUGUAUUUUCCUGGUGGAAUGAAACAGCUCAGAAUGGUAUAUUUAGGCAAUUUUAAAACAUUUAUUAUUUACCUAAAGACCAAAUAUGAUAAAUCUGUUCUAAGUAUUGUGUGUCAAUCCACAGUAUGGAGCUGUCACAAUGUUAUUGCAGAUAAUGCAUAUUAAAAAUUAUGAAAUUACUGCACACUAGCUGGAUUUAUAACUCAGCCAUUUAAAAAAUAAAAAUGAAACCAUCAUGUGAAUGAGACCGUUUGUGUGACAGUAGCAAAAUCUAGGUCGCAGACUGAAGCACGGAUGGAUCAGAGCACUUCAGGGCAGCAAUCUCCAUCUUCCAGGCACUUUACGGAUACCUUGGAAUGUAUAUUUUUAUUUGUCUUUUUACUCAAAAGGUUUGCAGUUUGCAAAUAAUUCAGAUUGUGCUGUGUCCUGUGUGGGGGGUCAGGUCACUCCGCUGAGUGGUGCGGACCUGUUGGUCAUGACUGCCGCGAGCCCCUGCCCAUGAGCUCUAGGUAGGUGAAUGGACCAGACAACCCCAGUGGGAACGCGCUGUGCAUCCUCCUGGAGACAUGUCCACACAGCAGGGAACCUUCACCAUUCAGAGACUCGAGGAGAUGCUCCCACGUAAGCCCAGUCCGUCAGUUCAUUACUUCUGAGCCUGAAACUUAGACUUUAUGGGUCUGGAGGGAUUUCUGCUGGGAUGAUAGAGAAGAAAAAUACCCAGUUCUCAAAUUUUAAAGAGGAGGAAAGAAUAGUUUUUUGCUGUCAGCAGCUGGAGUGUGCCUUUUUCACAGGUGAGGGUGUCUCUUUCCUUUUCCCUUCUCACUGCCUUAUUCAGUUGGCGCAUUCAUUGGCACAUAGAAAUUUAAGAAUAUCAAGGAGAUGGCAGGAAAAAACCAUGGAUUAGCAAGCUAUCACUUUUUUAAGUUUUUUCAAUUCAGCUGUGAAUUCCCAAAGGCGCUCCACACACCAGGAGUCACUGAGCUCGUGUCCCUGCCUCCUGCCUGAUGCCUGGUGCUACGUCAGCAGGCGUGUUGCCCUGGACCCCCUCCCAGCAGUCCACUGGCAGCUCCCAAGUGUCUUCUUCCAAGGAGUCUCUGCUUGGACCUUCGCCAAACUUCUGAGCACCCCGAGGGACUAGAAACUUCAUUUCAGCAGCUUUGCCCUGAAGCAAACAAAAAUACAAAAGGUAAACUCACAUACGACCCACGUGACAUGGUGCAUUCCAAGAUGUCUGUGCAUGGUUUGGGGAUGACCCUCCUCUCGCAUCAGUAGCUCCUUCGAUACGCCCGUCGCUAGAACAACAGAGCAGACGGCAGUCACAGAAGGGGUGGGGCGGGGCCAGGAUUUGGGAUUUCUAUGCUAUGUGACACAAGGUGAUAAGUGACAAUCUUCAAGUCCUAACCUCCACUAUUCUAGAAAGUAUAGUGGUGAUUUGUGUGCAACAAUUUGAAAUUUUAAAAGUACCAAGACCUGAAAUUCAAUAAAAUAUUUUUAUUAAUUUUAA